AAUGAAAUAGGAAAUUAAAAAUGUAUUUUAAAACAAAGGGAAUGGAAAAUAGAAAUAUUUGCCCCACCAAAACACACCCUAUAUGUAUCUAUUUAACCACGGCCCAUGGAAGCCCUUCAUCCUUAGGCCGCCACCACUUCUCCCCGGCCGGCCAUUUUUUCUCAAUAUCUAAAUAAAAAUAGCAAUAAUAAUAAUAAUAAUAAUAAUAAUAAUAAUAAUAAUAAUAUAAUGGCCGUUUCUACUAUUGCAGCAAGGCUUUCCCUCUCCCUGAGCUUCGUCGCUCUUUCCCUCGCCGGCUACUCCGUUUACCAGAACACAUACUCCGCCGUGAACGGUGGUCAGCUCAACAACGUCGUCAUCCCCACAUGGCUGUCUGAAACCUUCGAGUCAGCCGGCAUUUUGGAGACUCUCGGAUUUUCCGCCCAUCUUUCCGACCAAGCCUGCGUUUUCUCCGCCGUGAAAGAAGUCGUCGAAGACGCCAUUAAGAAAGAGACCCGCAUGGGCGCUUCUCUCAUCCGCCUCUUCUUCCACGACUGCUUCGUCGACGGUUGCGAUGGAGGGAUCCUUUUGAACGCCACUAACGGAGAGCAAAGUGCGCCGGCCAAUGCAAACUCCGUUAGGGGGUUUGAAGUGAUCGAGAGAGCUAAGAGAAACGCCAAAACCAAAUGCUCCAACACCCCCGUGUCUUGCGCUGACAUUCUUGCCAUUGCUGCUCGUGACUCCGUUGUCAAACUGGGAGGUGAGAGCUACACGGUGAACUUGGGAACAAGAAGAGACGCGAGAAGGUUCAACCUCACCGGAGCAAACAACCAGCUUCCGGCGCCGUUCGACGACCUGGCGACACAAACCCGGAAGUUCGCCGCCAAAGGUUUCAGCCAGACGGAGAUGGUGGCGUUGGCCGGAGCACACACGGUGGGGUUCGCCAAUUGCGCCGUCCUCUGCACCAGCGGCAACACGAACGCCGCAAGGGCGUCGACGCUGCAGUGCAACUGCCCGGCGGCCGGGGGGAGCACGGGCCUGGUCGGGCUGGACCCCACGCCAGCAGUAAUGGACAAACGCUAUUUCCAGGACGUGGCCAGGGGACAAGGCCUCCUCUUCUCGGACCAGGUGUUGAUGAACGGGACGACGACCGGCGCCGCCGUGCGGCGGUACAGGGACGCCACCGGCGCCUUCCUCUCUGACUUCGCCGCCGCCAUGGUCAAGAUGGGCAACCUCCGUCCCUCCGCCGGCGUCCCGCUCGAAAUCAGGGACGUUUGUAGCAUUGUCAAUCCCACUUCCGUUGCAGCCAUGUGAAAAAAAAGAAAAAGAAUACGGAUUAUGUAUUUCUUUUCUCUCUUUUUUUUCCACUUCAAUUCCCGCAAUAAAGAAUUUUGUGAUUUAUAAAUCUUGCAGCGUCCCAGUAUUAGUUACUCCCAGAGAGUAAUGGAUAGGGAAAAAUUCCCCAAAUAAAUUAUUCAUAAAGAAUUCAUUCUCUACAUAACCUUUUAAAAUAAAUUUAUUGUUAUGGU